AUGUCCACAGUUUCUUCUACUUUUGGCUCUAGGUCCCUCCCAAAAGUCAGUACGAUACCAAAUGGACCGUUGUCAUACCUUCAGCCAUACGGAACGCUGUUCUUCGCCUCGAGUAUUAUUGUGCUAGUAAUACUGUGUAACAUUCUCGAACGAUGGCUACUUCGAGCUUUCUACGGAAAAGUCUACAUAGACCUCCAGGCUCCCGGGAACGAGAAACGGCGACGAUCUUUUACCUACUACCACAUCGGCGCAAUGAAUAUAAUUUUCGUUCUCUCUAUUGGAUUCUACCCAGUCAUGCGAUUUAUCGCUGGGCCUGCGGAACUAUCGACGACCAUGGCCACUGGUAGCCGAGUUCGGGUUGGAGACCUUCUUUUCAUCAUAGCCCAGGCGUACCCUGCAUACUAUACUUUUGAGCUGUGCUAUCGCACCAAGUUCGCAAGUCCUCUUAGCAUUGCCCACCACACCGGACUCAUAGCUAUCAUGCAAACGUCGCUAUCACUAUUCAAUAAUUGGGAGAAACACCCAGAAGCUCCUAUUGAGUUUUACAUGUGUAUGAUUUGGGGUACCUUUGACGCGAUUGUCGAAUUGCCAAUUUUUAUCUCCAUGAUCAUCUGGCGUACGAGACGUAACGAGAACAAACUGCUAGCCUAUCUGACUGGCGGUCUCUUUGUCUGGAUUAUUGUUGGCGCCUUGGCUGAAGUCGCUGUCACCGCAUACCUGCUCCAUAAGUCAUGGGACAGAUGGGGAACUGUCUGGAAGUUUGUUACCCCUUUCAUCUUUUCGCUAUGGAUCUGUACUCAGUUCUACGGUGCCUCAAGACUAUACUUUAUGUCUCAGUCAGAAUGGCGAAAGUACAAAAGAGGAGGCGUGAAAGACAUCGAGGCUGUUGUCGAUCUGCAAGAAUCAGAUUGCGAGAAAGAAAUAUCCAGUGUGAGCACGCAAGGGAGGUGUUUGGAGAGGCUUAAUAACUCUGCCGAG